AUGGGGAACCAAUUACAGAGACAAAGAAAGGUAACUGCACAUGGCUUCAUCAUUGCUUCUUCAAAGGUGAAGUUAGCAAACUGGAUUUUUCAGACAUACCCAAAUACUUCAGCUAAUGUUAAAUUGCAAGACGAUGUGCUCAGGACAAGAUACAUGAACCUUCUAUUCAGCGUCAUCAAGAGACUUUACCACAAACCUCUGAGUGAUCUCACAGAAGAUGAAUUGAGCAAAGCUUCCCUGGAGUUGUCUGAUGUGACACAAGCUGGUUUUAGUGUGGAAUGGUUGGCUUCAAAGCUUGAGAAGGUGACCUUGGAGAAGAAGACUUCUGAAGAUCGGAUUCGGGAACUGGAAGAAGAGGUCGAAAAACUUAAGCUAACCAUGUCAGAGGAGAAGGUCAAGUUGAAGAAGCAACCAUCUUGGAUCACCAAGACAGAGAUACCUACUUCUCCUUAGGUUAAUUUUAAUUGGUUUGAUUUUCUUAGUUUUUUUCAUGUUUCUUUUCUCAAAGAUAUCCCUAGAUUUUAUUUGAAUCUAUCCAACCCUAUUUAAUAGUGUAAGAUGAUGAAAUGAUAUAUAUAUCUCAAUCCCAGCUUGCCAGACACGGUUUAAUUAGGGUCUCUUGGGUUUCUUCAUGGAUGGCUUGAAAUUUACUGGAUUUUAAUUUAAGAUGAAGUGGACCACUAGUAGGUUAAGGAUGUGCUAAGUGUGAUGUAGAUUGCUAAAGAAUUUUUCCAAAGACACAUGAACAGAAAAAGAUAGAAGUAGAGUUUGAUUUUAGAUAUAUAAUAAAAAGACGAGUAUUCUUUUAUUCUUGACACAUAUUAGAUAUGAAUCAUAUGAGGACUACACAUGAAUGAAUGGUGAAUCUCACAAGAUUACAAGACCACCCACACAUUCAAAACAAACUUAAUUAAAGACACUAAACCAAACCAGAAGAAACAAACAAAAUAAGGCACAUAGACAUAGGCAAAAGAGAGAGUAAGAUAGUGUAG